AUGGAUUCGGGUGGAUCAGAAUUUCAAAGAAAGCGAUGCGUCCGUCGACUCUUGGGACCAGUAACGGACACGGCGGGUUGCCUUAAAGGGUAUACGCGUGUCCAUAACUCCCUUUCGUUAACUCCGGUUGAAGGAAGGCUCAACGCACUCUCCGGACCUAGCAAUGGCGUGAACGGGAAUAGAAACGGAACAGGAUCAUCCAAUGAGAGCCUAAGGUCAACAGAACAGAGAGUUGCAAAACUGAUGGAAGAAGACAUGGGAUCUGCUAUGCAGUACCUUCAAGGGAAAGGGCUUUGUUUAAUGCCCAUCUCUCUCGCAACUGCAAUAUCAUCAUCAUCUACUGCAUCUAGUCAUUCUCGUGGAUCUCUCUUCAACCCCAGCUUAAAUGUCGUAGCUGCAGAAGAAACAAAUGUAGCUGUAGCAGCAGCUGAAGCCUCAACUAGUAUGGAUGAUGAUGUAUCUGCCUCCAAGACAUGAGCCAUAGGAGGAUCUCUAAUGGGUUUUGUUUUGGGAUAAUUUGGAAAAUACCCUAUUUAGGAUUUGAAAUUUGAAAAAUACACUGCCUCUAAUUUCUUUUGAAAACUACACUUUUUUAAUGUGAAUUUACUUUGGAAUUAUUUGAAUA